UGAAAAUUGAUUUAAUUCUCGACCGGACAUGAUCGGCCUCAGCGUUGCGUGGAAUAUUUCAUUCGCCACAAUUUGAUGGAGAGGAUCUGCCUUUUUUCGGCGUAAGUUGACAAGAGUCGGCCACAAGAGUCGAGCAUUGAUCGCUGGUUUCAUUCGUUCACAAUUUGAAAGGUGUGCAGACAGCAAUUUGUCGAGCUGGUGAUAAGAACCAGUGCCCCUUUGUAAGAAAGAGCGAGUCAAGUGACGACAUCGCGUGAAUAGAAAAAAAUAUAACAUGAUGUCUGCUGAAGAGCCCCUGGAUGCCCAGAAUAAACCCCAACUCUUUGACCAUGGGAGGGGGGCAGAUAACGGAGACUCCUCUCGGGAUGGCACGGCUGAUUCCUCGCUAAAGCGCAAGUUUGCUGAACGCGACCCUGAGUCACCUGGUCAAAACGACACCGGAUUUAAUUCAUAUGCUAAGAAAGAAAAGAUGUAUUACGGAGAAAUGCAUCAGGACUCACCUGCAUCUUACCCGAAGCACGUACUUGUACCAGCUUCGGAACGGCCUUACGAUGACAAGCAGCCGAUUCCACUGUCGGCGGUUGAUCGCCACCACCACCAUCGCCAUGUAGAGGAACUAUACGCAACGGAGAAAAGACACCAAGGACCUCCAGUUCUUACUCCCGAUAGCCAAGGACGAAACCGACCUGCUUCAGAGAGUUUCGGAGCACCUCCGAUCUAUCCCAAACGUCAGCAGUAUGCUGGUGUUUAUCGUGCACCAUCGUAUCAAGAGGUCGAAUACAACCAACCGUACAGGAACCAUGUCCCUCCAUCGCACACUGAAGGAGGUAGUGACUAUUCUCGUCCUCGCCGUUGGGCUUGCGAUUUCUGCAACGUUGCCACUUUCCUGAGUUACGAAGAAGCCUGCGCGCACGAAGAAGCUUGUGCGCGUCGCCACAAUGACAUGCACUACUCUCGACAAACUCAUUCUCAGAGCUCGACUGGGUACGAACAGCACGGUCCGCCGCCUCAGCAUGGAUCUGGCAUGGGAGCUUUGUACCACGCGAGCCAGGAAGUUGUCACACCUCCGACACCCCAUGGGCAUCACCAGCCACGUUGGAGUUCGCCAGGACCACCACUUCCGGUCCUUCCACAUGAGCAAGGUUAUUACCGUCAAGGGUACUAUGAUCAGCGGGAAGACCAGGCCUACUAUGGAGGCAAUCACCCCGAUCCCUACUACUAUCAACAGAGACAUCCUAUGCAGACACAAUAUGGAUAUCCGCCACACCAUCACCAGCCGCCACCCCCAAUGCCCAUGGCCCGCCAGAGACGGAUGCUAUUAGCUAUGCCAUCGGAUGUAGAUUCACUUUCGGACCGUCAGUGUUACGUACGUUCGGAAAUGCUCGAAAUCUUUGCCGCCUCUGAAAAGGACGUUGCUGCUCGUCACUCGAAGGGCGCCCAGAAACUUCAAUCGGGUCAGGUUGGCAUUCGAUGUGUCCAUUGCGCCCAUUUGCGUCCACGAGACCGAGCUGAACGAGCUGUGUGCUAUCCUUCGUCGAUCAGUCGAAUCUACCAGACUGUAGCUGAUAUGCAACGCUUCCACUUCGAGCAGUGCCAACAAAUUCCUGAACAUGUUCGACGGAUUUACGCAAAACUUAAGACGACACGUCCUCGGGGUGUCGGGUCACCGCAGACAUACUGGGUACAGUCGGCAAAAUCGAUGGGUUUGGCCGACACCGAAGGGGGUAUUCGUUUCGAAUCCGAGUUCGCUAAGGAACAGGCGUAUCUUGGGGCUUCUGAGAAACGCCUUACAUCUGACGUGUCUAUUGGUACUCUUUAGAGAAGGAUAUGGGGCAAAAAGAGUAGUCCCAUUGAAAGUGCCAUGCUUUUUCAUACACGAGUUUUCCCCCCCUUCAGGAAUAUUAUUAUUAGUACAAGUAAAUUAAAAUAUUGCCAUGAUUUU